GUCAUGCGCGCGGCCGGAGAAGGAGCACUGCAGCAGCUGAAGACUCGAUCAAACUGCAUGCAUGGCGCGUCAGUUGCAGCUCUGUUCGUGCGGAGAGGCAGCAGUGGCAUCCGGGUCAUGUGGAUCAUGGAUCAGGUCAUGUGUUAGUGGUGUGAGUGCAUGCGUGCAUGUAGUUAGUGGCCAAGGUGUGGUGCGUAUACGAGCGCUGAGCCUACUUAAGCAUUGUAAUCAGUCUGAUCAUUUGAGAGGAAUACAGAGAAAAAGCUCGGCUGUUUGGGUAGCGCGAGGCCAAAAUUCUGCCGUUCUCCAUUGUUCUACUUUGAGUUUUUGUAGCUACGAGGUAGAAGAAGGGGGGCUGCCCUCUGGCAAUCCCAACAAUUGGUAUCAGAGUCUUCAUGGUCUGAGGCCGUGGAGCAUGGCCAUGCCGUGCGUGCGGGAAGCGCGGCGGCCGUGGCGGACCUGCGUGGUGGCGCAGAGGCUGCGGUGGCGCGGCGUGGCUCGGCGGCAUGGAGGAGAAGCCGUUCGUGCGGCGGGUGAGGCAGCUCGAGCGGCCACGUUGCUUGUGUCAGGGCGCGGCAUGUGCGUGAGCCGAGGGCGUGCGGAUCACCGGUGGAGAACGCGUCCAGCGGAGCGCAGGACGGCCGCGUCGAUCACGUCAGUGCGUGAUCGUGUGCGCGAGCCGGGGCGUGUAGGGCCGAGGGCGUGGCGUCAUGGAGGAGCUCGGCGUGUGUCGCCGAGGAGCUCGGUGGCGGAGUCGAGGCGUAUGUCGUCGUUGUGCUUGAGUUCGUGCUCGAGUUCGGCUACAUCCUUCGGCGUUUGUCGCUGGAGGUGUCCGGCGUGCGUCGCCAGCGGAGCUUGGCGUGCGUCGCUGAGGAAGAAGAUGGAGGCUGCAGCGUCUGUGCGGAGCAAAGCCAUGGCGCGCGGUGAGGUCGCGGUUUAG